AUGGUCACUGAGCCGGUGUUGAAGCUGUAUGCCAAUGAAUACGAUCCCCUCAAAGUGGAAGAUAAUAACAAACUGGAGGAUAAGCAUCUUCAAUUGCUCAAAGAUAUUGGAAUCUUUGGUAUCCAGGUAUCGCAAGAACACGGAGGAAUGGAUUGCAACAAUACGCAGUAUGCACGACUGGCUGAACUGACGUGUGGAAAUGACCUGGGAAUUAGUGUGUUCCUUGGGGCGCAUCAAUCCAUUGGCUACAAGGGCUUGCUGCUGUACGGCUCAAAGGAGCAGAAGGACAAAUACCUUCCGCAGCUGGCCACUGGUGAAAAGCUGGCUUGCUUCUGCCUAACCGAGCCCUCUGCUGGCUCAGACGCCGGCGGCAUCAAGUCACGCGCGGUCCUGUCAGAGGAUGGCAAACACUGGAUCCUCAAUGGCGGCAAGACGUACAUCAGCAACGGCGGCAUUGCCGACUACUUCACCGUCUUUGCGCAGACUGCCGUAAAGAGCUCAAGCGGUGAAAUGAAGGACAAGGUGACCGCCUUCUUGGUGAGCAGAACAACCGGUGUUACCAGUGGUCCGAAAAUGGCCAAGAUGGGCAUCAACGCCUCCAACACCACUGAGGUGUACUUUGACAAUGUGAAGGUUCCCGUUGAGGAUGUGAUCGGCAGUGUUGGCGAUGGCUUCAAGGUGGCCAUGAACAUUCUCAACAAUGGCCGCUAUGGCAUGUGCUGUGCUCUCUCUGGAACGAUGAAACGCGCCAUUGAGAUUGCCUCUGCUCACGCCAACAAUCGGACGCAGUUUGGCAAUAAGCUGGCUUCAUACACUGGCAUUCAAGAGAAGAUCGCCCGAAUGUCAAUGCUUCACUACACCACCCAAUCCAUGGCAUAUAUGCUCAGUGGACUAAUGGACAGUGGCAUGAAAGACUAUCAACUCGAAGCAGCCAUCUCAAAGGUUUACGCUUCUGAAGCAGCGUCCUAUGUCGUUGACGAAUGCUUGCAAAUUUUGGGAGGCAUGGGAUACAUGCGAGAAACUGGCGUCGAGAAGAUGGUUCGUGAUGUGAGAAUAUUCAGAAUCUUUGAAGGCACAAAUGAGAUUCUCCGUUUGUUUGUCGCACUCACUGGAAUGCAAUCGGCUGGUGGACACUUGAAGGAAAUUCAAAGGGCUCUGAAGCAGCCUGUGGCAAACUUGGGCAUGAUCUUUAAUGAAGGUACUCGUAGAAUCCGUCGCUCGGUCGGCCUCGAUGCUCCUGAUCUCUCCGAGUUUGUGCACUCUGAAUUUCAGCAGGAAGCUCAGCAGCUGUCCAAGAACAUUAUAGCUUUCAGCUCAGCAGUUGAGCACCUUCUUAUUAAGUACACGCGCGACAUUAUUCACGAGCAGAUUCUCCUGAAUCGACUGGCCAAUGCUACAAUUGAUAUUUACACUAUGCUCGUGGUGUUGUCUCGCGUCACCCGGGCGCUCAACAAGAACAUCAGCAGUGCUGACAUUGAAAAGAAUAUGGCCCGAGUGAUCUGCUCAGAGGCAAAUCUUCGAAUUGAUAGAAACCUUCGCUCAUUGCGGUCUAGUGACGCUCUUCGCAACGAUGAAGGAUAUCGCACAAUUGCCAAGGACGUGCUCACCAACAAUGGCAUUGUUCACAGUCAUCCACUAGACUAA